GCCUCCCGGCCCCGCCUCCGUGUCCACGCCUCCGGCGCGACCUGGUAGACGCUGAGGCCGAGUAGAGGAAGUUCCCUAGUCUGGUGUCUGACCUCUCGCCCAGGAGGUCAAACCUGGAGCCAGCAUUUCUGUACCCUGCGCUCACACCUUUUUCAACCCGGAUGGCGGUGACAGUUAAUACUUUCUGAGCGCUUUUACUAUGGUCAGGCAUUAUAUUUACACCUAGUCCUCGCAAGACCCUACUGGGAAGGUCAUUUGAGAGGAGCAAUUCCGGGUCACAAAGGCUGACACCACAAAGCUAGUCCAUGGCCGGUUCGACCACAGGCACCCAUACUUUUUAAGCCUCAGUGGCACAACCAGGUGCGCGGGAAGCGGGCUGCAAACGCCGGAGAGUUUUGUUCCGAGCGCAGACAUGCGCGGUUACCGGGCAACCAGCGGGCCCCGCCCCCCGGCCGGCUACGGCGCUCCCAGCCUGCCCCGCGCCGCGCGGCGCCGGAAGUGAGUGAGCAUUUCCGGCAGACAUCCCCGCGGGGCUGACAUCGCGGUUGUUCUUCUGUGCCGGGGGUCUUCCUGCUGUCAUGAAGGACGUACCGGGCUUCCUACAGCAGAGCCAGAGCUCCGGGCCCGGACAGCCCGCUGUGUGGCACCGUCUGGAGGAACUCUACACGAAGAAGUUGUGGCAUCAGCUGACACUUCAGGUGCUUGAUUUUGUGCAGGAUCCGUGCUUUGCCCAAGGAGAUGGUCUCAUUAAGCUUUAUGAAAACUUUAUCAGUGAAUUUGAACACAGGGUGAAUCCUUUGUCCCUGGUAGAAAUCAUUCUUCAUGUAGUUAGACAGAUGACUGAUCCUAAUGUGGCUCUUACUUUCCUGGAAAAGACUCGUGAGAAGGUGAAAAGUAGUGAUGAGGCAGUGAUCCUGUGUAAAACAGCAAUUGGAGCUCUAAAAUUAAACAUCGGGGACCUACAGGUUACAAAGGAAACAAUUGAAGAUGUUGAAGAAAUGCUCAACAACCUUCCUGGUGUGACGUCGGUUCACAGUCGUUUCUAUGAUCUCUCCAGUAAAUACUAUCAAACAGUCGGAAACCACGCGUCCUACUACAAAGAUGCUCUGCGGUUUUUGGGCUGUGUUGACAUCAAGGAUCUACCAGUGUCUGAGCAGCAGGAGAGAGCCUUCACGCUGGGGCUAGCAGGGCUUCUCGGCGAGGGAGUGUUUAACUUUGGAGAACUCCUCAUGCACCCCGUGCUGGAGUCCCUGCGGAACACUGACCGGCAGUGGCUGAUUGACACCCUCUAUGCCUUCAACAGUGGCAACGUAGAGAGGUUCCAGACUCUGAAGACUGCCUGGGGCCAGCAGCCUGAUUUAGCAGCUAACGAAGCCCAGCUUCUGAGGAAAAUUCAGUUGUUGUGCCUCAUGGAGAUGACUUUCACACGACCUGCCAAUCACAGACAACUUACUUUUGAAGAAAUUGCCAAAAGUGCUAAAAUCACAGUGAAUGAGGUGGAGCUCCUGGUGAUGAAGGCCCUUUCGGUGGGGCUGGUGAAAGGCAGCAUAGACGAGGUGGACAGACGCGUCCACAUGACCUGGGUGCAGCCCCGAGUGCUGGAUUUGCAGCAGAUCAAGGGAAUGAAGGACCGCCUGGAGUUCUGGUGCACGGAUGUGAAGAGCAUGGAGAUGCUGGUGGAGCACCAGGCCCAUGACAUCCUCACCUAGGGCCCCCUGGUCCCCUGUCGUGUCUCCUUUGACCACCUGAGAGAGGCGUUUGCAGCCGAUGAAGCUGGCUGCUCAUUGAAUUUGGGUAGGGGUUGGGAUCCUGUCUGAAGUACAGACUGUUCUUGCUCUGAAAACAGGACUGUCCCUGUUGGGGGCCAGGCCACAGGGAGAAGACUUCUUUGUGGGUCUCUCCUGCAGUGGGUGGGGGUCUCUGGGUCUUAGGUGAUAAGGGAGAGAGAAAACGCGUGAGGCAGGAAGUCCCCUAAAGUCCGUGUACUCCAAGGUUGAUCUCCAUCCCCAUCCACCUGUACGGACAUCUUUUCCAUUGUGGUUUGAGAAUGUUCCUAUAAUAAACAGCUCUGCUUUGUUCUU